ACGAAGCGUGAGUUAGACUCUGCGGAACACCGUGCAAUCGCAAGCUACCGCUUGCAUCGUAGAUUUUGUGAGUUUUCCGUGCGAAAGGGACCUAAUUAGCACAAUAAUUCGACAAAACGUCCAUCAAAGAAAAGCUGGAAGAUGGUUUUGGCGGAAAGAAACUCUGAAAAUGUUAGAAAUGGGCGCAGAUCAAGAGGCCCCAGCCCCAAUGGACAGACGGAAUCCUCAAGUGAAGAAGACGGAGUUCCAGCAGAAAAAAUACGUGUUGGACGGGACUAUCAAGUCAUUGUUCCAGAAUUUGUUCCAGUUAAUGAACGACGAUUAGAUCAAUGUCCUGAUAGAGCAUUACUUGUGUGGUCUCCUACAACAGAUAUACCUGAUCAAAAGUUGGAUGAAUAUAUUAUAUUGGCUAAAGAAAAAUAUGGUUACAAUGGAGAACAGGCAUUGGGAAUGUUAUUUUGGCACAAACAUAACUUAGAACGUGCUGUAUUAGAUUUAGCCAACUUUACUCCAUUCCCAGAUGAAUGGACUGUUGAGGACAAAGUACUUUUUGAGCAAGCUUUUCAAUUCCAUGGAAAAAGUUUUCAUCGUAUUCGACAAAUGUUACCUGACAAAUCUAUUGCUAGCCUUGUUAAAUAUUAUUAUAGUUGGAAGAAAACAAGAACUAGAACAUCAUUAAUGGAUAGGCAAGCAAGAAAACUAACAAGUGGUGGAAAGGAAGGGGAAAAUGGAAGUGAGAAUGGAAGUGAAUUAGGCUCUAAUACAGACAGCGAGUCAGAAGAAAAAAAAUGGACGAUCCACCGCGGAAUACGUCGUGGAAAGAACCAAGCUGUGCCAGGAAGCCAAGGCACUGACGCCAAAGCCCCAUCCGACUCGGAAAACGUCCCUCAGGUUCAGGGCUCGUGUAGCAACUGUGGCGUUGCUUGUCAUAGUGUACGUGCGACGCCGAAAGGACACGCGUGUCACAGCUGCUAUCUGCACUGGAGGCGAACCGGUGUAGCAAGACCGUUAAGUUCCAUGCCAGGUCGUACAAAUAAAAGAAAACCACCUCGUGGCCUGGUCGUUAAUCACGAUGAUUUAGCAGCAUUGGCUGGCCAACCGAAUCAAGCGAACAACAGUUUACAAGCAAUCGACACUGAAAUUGUUAGCUUAAAACGACAAAUACAAUCAAAUAAACAGCAAGUAAGUGCAUUAAAACGCAAAACAGCCGAUGGUAUUGAAGAUUUGCGGCCGCCGGAAGUGUCGAGUCGUAUAAACGCUCGUUGGACAAAUGACGAGUUAUUGUUAGCCGUUCAAGGUGUUAGAAAAUAUGGAAAAGAUUUCUCCGCGAUCGCUGAUGUAAUUGGAACCAAAACAGAAGCGCAUCUACGAUCAUUUUUCGUGAACUACCGGCGGAGGUAUAAUUUAGAUGCAGUUUUAAAAGAAUACGAGGCUGAGAAUGGCCCGAUAUUGAUUGAUGACGAGAAAGAAGAGAAGAUGGACGUCGAUCAACCAAAUGAAGCAGCAGAGUCAUCGCAAAAGACAAAAUCAUCCGUUGGUCUUGGACAGACGGCUAAAUAACAAAUGAGUAUGUUGCUGAAUACUAAACGCGAGAAAAAUAAUCACAGGCACUUUGAUAAUCGAUAAUAUCAUAGAAGAAAGAGGUAUUUGUCCAUAAUUCAGUUUGCAAUUUACAUUUAUUUUUAUUCUUAGUUGUAUCGCUUUGCUCUAUGGUGGUGCGAUUAUACGUUAGGAACAACCAAGUACAAGAAACAAUGUUCAUUGAACUUGUGCGCGGUACAAUGAUCCAUAUAACGAAUAUAUGGACAAAUUGAUACUGAAGAAAGCGUGUGAAUUUAUUUAGCUAGACUUAUUUUUAGUGUAAUAUACUUUGUAUGUGUCUGAAAUGGGAUUUUCCUUAAACAGUCUGAAAGAAGCAUGGUUCCAUUAAAGACAUUUACCGUACAAUACUAAGAAAAAUUUUAAGUUCUCAUUAAGUUGAUACAUCCAAAUGCAGGUACAAGCAUCAUUAAUAAUAUAUAAAUAUAUAUACUGCACGUAAUCAUGGAUGCACAGUACGAUUUUCUUUUGUAAGUAAAUUAAUUCUAUUCUGUAGCACAUAAUAUUUCUAGGUAUGCAUAAUGGACAUAACAGUCCUAUUUUGACUAAUGAAAGUAAUUUAAACACAAAAAUUACUUGUUUCGAGUGAGGAAAGAUUAAAUUAAUAACGGAUGAAGAAUCAAUAAGAUUGUAAAAAUAUUGAAAAAAAUGAUAUAGUUCGCAUCAUUAAGAAAGAUCGUGUAACGCUUGGUAACAACCAUAAACCAAACAGUUUAUAUACCGGAGAAUUAAAAUGACAAUUUCAUGUACGGAUAAUCAAGGUACCUUGUGACUAUUUCAUUACUCUAACGAUUUUUUACCCGUGCUCAAAUAUUAACUAGCCACUGUUCUAAAGUUUAUGUUGCUGUAACACUGCUACGUUUGUAUGGAGUUCAAGUUCUGCAUGAAUUUCGUGUCAGUUUAUCGCAUUCUAUAUUUAAUUAUUUAUAAAAAAACACUUUCAAGGAUGUUUAAAUAGUUUAUGUUACGAAAUUUAGAUUAAAGAAAGAUAUAAUUAAGGAAAAAUAUACACGAUGUGAUCGUUUAUUUCACAUUUCAUUUAUGUAAAAUACUAUUCGAACCGUUUUAAUAUUCCUUUUUGUAGCGUCGUACAAUGUCAAUGCCGGAUGAAAAUUCUUGUAUUUGUGCCUAUGCAUUUCUGGGCGUACAAAGGAAAUUUAAGGAAUACAAGGUUGUGUGUUGAAACAACACUUUUCUUAAUCCUCACCGUUUCACUAUACGCUAAAUCAUAAUGUGUGUACUCAAAUUAUAAUAACGUUACAAUUUACCACGAAUCAGACAAUCUUCCAUUCGCAGCGGAAACGAAACGACGGGGAGAGAAAAGUUCUCUACAUGUUUCCAUUUUUAAAUUGUUCAAAUUACUAAUUACGACUAUUUGAGGGAAAAGAAAUUGACAGUGAAAGGUUUAACACGAUUGUCGCUAUGUUAUUUUAUUUAAAAUAUGAAAUUGUAACGGUCGUGUUAAACGUCUCAUUGAUAGAGAAAUAAUGCUCAACGAAAAGGUACAGUUUCAUUCAAAUUUUAACAAAGGAAUAUGUAAUAUUUUAUCAAGAUACAUCACAAUGCAAAUUUCUUUUACAAGUUUUAUAGAAUAAAAAAUUUGAGGGGCAGAAAAUCGUGUUGCAAAAAAAAAAUAUUACCUUAAGGAAAAUAAAUAUAUUUUUGUGGCUUUCUGCUACCUACUCGAUCCAGUUGUAUAAACGAAUAAUGGUUCCUGAAUAUUUCUAUUAUGCAAAAUUAUAUAAUGAAAGCACAUAUAUAAAUAUGUAUUAUAUAAUAUAAGAAUUGACCGUAUUAUGAAAAACGGUGCUUCUAUACUUCAAAGCACAAGUUUCUGCACUCCAAUAUAUAUAGAGGAGUAUCCCAAUUAUGAUAGCAAAGUAUAUUGAUUAAUUCGAAUGAAAAAAAAGAAUUCCAAAAUAGUUACUCAUGUACUGUUACAUAUUCAAACAAAUAUAAAACGCAUAAACCUGUUCACGUCUUGAUAAAAAUAAUUUUAGAUUGAUAAGGAGAUCUUAAUAAAUCUAUUUUGAAGAGAUAGUUUAAUCGCGUCAAUUGUUCUAAAAGAAAAAGAAUUCAAAUUCCAAGGUAACUGUAUAAUACAUAAACAAUAGCACCUUUUUUUAUUAUUGUCGUUUAAUCACACUUUUAAGACCUAUCGACUUCCAAUAAUUUUCACAGUGAAACAUUAUAAAACUCAAAUAUGCGUCACUCUUUAAUAUAGUUUCACGUGUACAUUUAUUAUUAAUAGCAACAGUAAUCACAUUAUGAGUUUA